CUGCAGUGGGAGCUGCUUCAGGGAGGCGAGGCCAGGGUGGAGGCAGCAGUGGCAUCGUGUGCAGGCGCCAAGCUGACGGCACUGACCCGGCGGCAGUGGGGCAAACUGGGACGCGAUAUUGUUUGGGUCUGGACUGCGGCCGACCGCCUUGCGCCGGACACCACUGCCUGGCUUCUCUACCAGGCAGAAGAGGAGUGGGGGGCCCCAGGGGCCCUCUGCAUGCCCUGACCGGCCGCUCCUGACCCAGUUUUCAGGUUUGAAAAAAAAAUACCCUUUUGCUGAAGGAAUACAUUUGCUGAUAGAUAUAGCCUCAGAAUGUCAAGUACUGUGUCCUACUGGAUCUUCAAUUCUGCAAGGAACAGCAUUGCCACAUUACAAGGAGGCAGACGUUUAUAUUCAAGGUGUGCCUCAAAUAGGAAUAAAUCAAAAUGGAGGCUCUUUUCCCAGGCACCAGCCACCCUAGAAAACAAUACCCCAUGUGGUGGGUUUGCUCUACGGAAAGCCUACAGACACACUUGGACAGAGGAAGAUGAUUUCCACUUACAGCUCAACCCUGAGCAGGUACCUGAAGUGCUUCGAGCCGGUGAGUCGGCCCACAAGAUUCUUGACCUCAAUGGAGUCCCAAAUUCCGUGUUGCGGUUUGAGAGCAACCAGCUGGCUGCCAAUUCCCCAGUGGAGGACCGGCGAGGUGUAGCCUCCUGCCUACAGACGAAUGGGCUGAUGUUUGGCAUCUUUGAUGGACAUGGUGGCCAUGCAUGUGCUCAAGCAGUGAGCGAGAGGCUGUUCUACUAUGUGGCAGUGUCACUGAUGUCCCAGCAGACCCUGGAGCAGAUGGAGGGAGCGGUGGAAAGCAUGAAGCCCCUGCUGCCCAUCCUGCAGUGGCUCAAGCACCCAGGGGACAGUAUCUACAAGGAUGUUACAUCAGUACACCUUGAUCACCUCCGUGUCUACUGGCAGGAGCUGCUUGACCUGAACAUGGAAAUGGGACUGAACAUUGAGGAAGCAUUAAUGUAUUCCUUCCAGAGACUGGAUUCUGACAUCUCGCUGGAAAUCCAGGCCCCCCUGGAAGAUGAGAUGACAAGGAACCUUUCACUCCAGGUCGCUUUCUCCGGGGCAACAGCUUGCAUGGCCCAUGUUGAUGGAGUUCACUUGCAUGUGGCAAACACAGGUGACUGUCGGGCCAUCCUUGGUGUUCAGGAGGACAAUGGCAUGUGGUCUUGUCUGCCCCUCACCCGUGACCACAAUGCCUGGAACCAGGCUGAGCUAUCACGGCUAAAGAGGGAGCAUCCCGCAUCAGAGGACAGGACAGUCAUCAUGGAUGACAGGUUGCUGGGUGUCCUCAUGCCCUGCAGGGCCUUCGGGGAUGUGCAGCUAAAGUGGAGCAAGGAGCUGCAGCGCAGUGUCCUAGAGAGGGGCUUUGACACCGAGGCCCUCAACAUUUACCAGUUCACCCCCCCGCACUACUAUACUCCACCCUACCUGACUGCCAAGCCCGAGGUCACAUACCACAGGCUGAGGCCCCAGGAUAAGUUCCUUGUGCUGGCUUCAGACGGCCUGUGGGACGUGCUGGGCAAUGAGGAUGUAGUGAGGCUGGUGGUGGAGCACCUGGCUGAAGCUGGUCGGCACAAGCCAGACCUGGCCCGGAGACCUGCCAACCUGAGACUCAUGCAGAGCCUGCUGCUGCAGAGGAAAGCCCAGGGGCUCCACGCUGCUGACCAGAAUGCAGCCACACAUCUGAUCAGACACGCCAUAGGGAGCAACGAGUAUGGGGAGAUGGAGCCCGAGCGACUGACAGCCAUGCUGACGUUGCCAGAGGACUUGGCGAGGAUGUACCGGGAUGAUAUCACUGUCACUGUGGUGUAUUUUAACUCAGACUCAAUUGAUGCCUAUUACAAGGGGGGUUAAGAGUCUCCCAUCCUAUUGCCAAGGUUAACUUAAAUGCUCUUCUAAGACAUUUUCACUUGUUCUUAAACUGGCUAUUCAACCCUUA